AUGAAUGAUGAGGAUAAUAACACCAACAACAAAAUUAUUUCAAUGAACAUAGUACCAGGUAGUAACUAUUGGAGUAUUUAUUGUCAAAAUGAAAUUGAUGAAAACAUUUCUCAAAAUUUAAAAUUAUCAAGAGAUUUAAUUAAAACAGUUAAUUUCAAAUUUACUUUAGGUCAAGAUAUUAAUAUUAGACAUGACGAAAUAGAAAAAGCAAUUGAGGAACAAUGGAAAACCAAAGCAGUAGUUACCAUCAGUAAUGACAAAAGAUUAAUGUUUGCACAAAUUGUUAAAAGUGAAUUCAAAGUUGAAAACUGCACUAAAGAAAUAUUUAUUGGCAAAUAUACAUUUACCAACUUGUCUUACAAACAUUACAAACAACAAUCAAUGAAAAUAUAUCUCAAAAAUUUAGAGGUUGAGGUUAAAGAAGUUAAAGCUGAAAAUUCCACUUGUAAUGAAGAAAUUGAAAUCCUUAAAGAUAGUCUAAACAAAUUAACUAAAAGAAUUGAUAUAUUAGAAAAUAGACAAUCACAAUCAGAAUCUAAAAUUACUAAUAUUGAAAAUAAUGCGGUUGCAAGAGUGGAAUUAGAAGGUUUCUAUAAUAGAUUUAAUACUUUAGAAACUAAAUUUACAGAAUUUACCACAGAAAACCAAUCUGCUCAGAAAAAGCAAGAAGACUAUUUAAAAGAAAUUUUAAAUCAAUUACAACCAAAAAAUUCAAAUAAUCAGUCUACAAAUUUGCUAUUUCCAACCAAUCAAAACUUAAAUUUUUAA